GCACAACACGUUACAACCAAUUCAAAAAACUUGCGCUCCAACUUAACGUUACAUUUUAAUGUCUAUUAAAUCCCAGCCAAAACUGUACAAAUGGCCACAAAUAACACAGACUAAACACAUGCUUCACCGUAGUUAUUGUAGAUAACCGUAGUGCUGUAUAAACUCUGUACUGCUGAACCCUCCCUCUUGUCUAGGAUUCGUAGUGGAUUCUACUGACUUCACACUGGAAUCACUGAACCGUGAAUCAUCGUGAAUCCUUCGAUCGUGAAUGGCCUUGACUCUAACACCUUCGCUUUUUUAAAGUGUCCUCGAAGGAUAUCUCGAAACUAAUCAAACAUCGCUCGUUCCUUCUGGAGGAUCACAUGACCAUAUCAAGUAUUCGUUGCAUGAGCAGUGGACAGAUUACACUAGUUUCCUGAAGCCUAGCCCGUCGUCAAAAUUUAAGGUUGACAUAGCGCUUGGCAGUGUUCUCUGUGUCAGCUUAUUACACACACAAUUAUUCCUAAGAUCUUCGCCACCAAAGUUGUAACAACAUGAAGGACUAGAUCCAAGGCUCUCUUCAAACUGCACCACACGACACAACGAACUUAAAGAACCUCACAACUCAGGGCUCUUAAGUAUCAGUCAGUUUAAUUUCAAAUACAUCACAAUUGGCAACAACAUUAACACUGUCUUUACAAAAACCUAGUCUUGCUCCGCCUGACUUCACACACCGUGCUGGUUCUCGCCUCGUACUGGUCACAUUGCGAGGUAACGUGAUUUUGAUACACUCGCUCUUAUAUAGUGUCUUUUCUGGCCUCGAACCUUCUUGACCACUCCAGUUUCGCCGUGACUUGCGUGCGUAAUAUUUACGACACUGGUCCUUGCCGAACUGGCGUGUACUGUCACUGGUCUCAGUUGACCGCUCGUCCUGCGCUGGACUGUGGCGAUUUGGGGUAAGCUAAAAACACACAGCACUACCCCCAUCUGUGUCACCACCAGAUGUACAACAACAUGUUCACAAUUCAUAAAUCAAAUCUUCGUAGACAACCCCUACCUCCCGGACAAAGCCCAGUACCUUCCCAAGGUCGACAUUGCAGAAAGAAAUGCUUCAAAGACUGCACCAAGGUCACCUUGGGCGCGAUAGAUGUCUUGUUACAGCUAAGGAGGUGUUCUUCUGGCCUGGAAUGUCUAAGCAGAUUAUAAAACAUGGUAUCAACAUGUGCAGUGUGUAACGAACACCAGAAGUCCCAGCAAAAGGAGCCAUUGUUACCACAUGAUACUCCUGUACUUCCUUGGGAAAAAAUCGGAGCUGAUAUUUUUGAGUAUCUUGGUAAGAACUAUUUACUUCUUGUAGAUCACUAUAGUAAAUUUUUUUAGAUAAAUCUUCUCCCAACACUAAAAGCUUCAGAUGGGAUCAUACAUAUGAAUAUCACAAUUUGCUCGACAUGGUAUCCCAAGGGAAGUAAUUAGUGACAAUGGACCCUCAUUUGCUUGUGAAGAAAUUUCUGAAAUUUUCUAAAAGCUGGGGAUUUAAGCACAUUACGUCUAGCCCCAGAUUUCCACAAUCUAAUGGUACGGCAGAACGGGUCAUACAAACAGUGAAACAGCUUCUAAAUAAAGCUAGAAUGUCGGGUCAAGACCCAUAUAUGGCCCUCUUGCACUCUCGAAAUGCUCCAUGCCCUGAUGGACCUUCACCUACACGGCUGCUCAUGGGCCGCCGUCUGAGGACAAAUCUUCCGACAACGGAGGCCUAUCUCAGACCUCAAAUCCCAGACAAACAAGAAAAUGCUUGGAAAACAAGAAAAAGUAAUCAAGUAAAAUACUAUAAUAAAAUAGUGAGACGCAGCGAGCGACCACACAUUCAAGUUUGGAGCAAAGUGUGGAUUUAUGGGAACCAGCAGUGUGGCGAUUUAUGGGAACCAGCAGUGGUCAUCUCAGAAGCGGAGACCCCAAGAUCCUACUGGGUAAAACCACACAAUGGGGUAACAUACCGAAGAAAUAGAAGAAUGUUAAGAGACACAUGUACAAGAUCAGAAGUUAUGCCUGAUAUUUUUGAAAUGGACACCCCAGAGACAGUCAUAGUCAACCUAUACAGCCAGAGAAUGGGUUUGAGUUUUAAGUUUUUGGCACAUCGGCACAAUUUAGGCCAUGUCGUGCCCGUAAUCCUUCAAGGAUUACUCUCCCUUCAUAUCACCAGAGCUAAAUUCCAUACAGUUAAAUCAUUAAAAGCAACAGGAACAGACUACUAGUCUACUACUAUCAAUCCGCCACCAGUGAUAACUCGAUAUGGAAGGCAAGUUUGGCCACCAGUACGUUACCUUGACGCAGAUAAUUAGAUACAUGUUUUUUUAUUAUUAUGCAAUUAGAUAUAAUUAAUGUCUCUAUUUGUAAACCUAAACUCUUAGUUUUUUACUACACAUUUUAUAACUUAUAUUGUUACUAUUGAUAAUAUUAUCAAUUGAAUAUUCUGUUGUGUUAAACAUGUAUUCAGUUGACUAAUUUAUGUUUAGAGUGAGACAGAAAAAUCAUUUUUUGUAUAGUCGAUAAAUAUCCGAAUGCUUUCAAGGAGAUUUGAUAGUAAGUGGAGUAGCCGUAGUACAGUGUGUGUGCCUGUGUAUGAAAUGACCAGUGGAUUUUCAUUGUCCAUGGUUGAGUGAACAGCAUGGAAAGUAAGUGAGGACUGUGUGUAAAAGGAGGUCAGAUUGAGAACAAGAUGCUAGAGUCAAGAGACUAACAAGAGACUAAUAAAAAUCAAGUGUUACUUGAGACUCUUGUUGCUUUAGUGUGUCUAUUACAGUUUGGACUAGGAAGUAAACUAACUUCAACUCUGAAGGAACAUCCGAAACAUAUAAAACAAACAAACAACCCGGGACCGUCGAGAUCAUCAGUUCAGUAUAUGUACACUAUGUCAGAUGAGCGAUUUUAGAUAAUCUUUCAGCAUUGAUUUGUUAUUGAAAAAAAAAGAACAGAUAUAUUGUGCUUGUACUUUGAUGUCUCAGCACAGUUAUCAUCAGAGCUAUUGGCAUUAUCAUUUAAACGGAACUAGAAUAAGGAUGUAGAUCUACUACAUAAACUAAACUUUUUGAUUUAGCACUCUUAAUUUCUAUAUCUACUAGAUCUAGAUCUAUAAUAUAAAUUUAGAAUAAUUUAGACUAGAUUUAUGCCCC